AUGGCCGACUGCCGGAUCGGGCGGGGAUGCGCGCCGAUGCGGUCUGUCGCCGUCGCCUACGACAGGGAGCCCCCCGUUACCUCUGGCUCUAGCUCGCCCAAGGAUACGUUCGCCACCCCCCUCUCCUCUCCGACGCAGCGAUCUAUGCCUCUUCCCGCUCAGCCUUCCAGUUCCAACACGAGCGACAAGCCACUCCCGCCCAUUCAACACUCUCCAACGAUCGCGGAGGAGAAGCCACUCCCACCCAUCCUGCACGAAUCAUCCGUUCACGAGGAGAAAUCUCUGCCCGACGCCGGACAUGCGUCUCCACGAUCCGACACUCUCACACCGCUACGCGCGCACUAUCUCAAGAAGGAGCUCAUAUCCCUUGAGUUCCAGCGCGAGCUCAAUGCGCUCACCGCGGUGCCCACAAACAACAUCUCCCCCUUCUCGUACCUCGGGCCACCUUUCACACCACCGCCCAAGGGCGCGCCUUCGCUCGAGCUACCCUUCCUAUGCUACUGCUUCCGCAAGUUUGUCAUCUCCUUCCCGUUUCUGGCCGACGCACCCCGCAAUUUCUUCCCGGACAAGCUCCAGCCGUUCUUGGCGUCGAUGCUCUCACGGAACCUGAGCUCUUCAGGUGUCCUGGAUGAAGGCGAUGAGGAUAGCGAGGAGGCUGCCCGCCACAAGCUGCUUGCCAAGCUGGAGAGACAUGCUGCAAUGCUCAUGACCAGUGGAACUAAGCUGCAGGAGAAGGAGGAGGUCGUGCGGCUGAAGCAGGCGGAUCUUGAUCGGCUGGAAAUGAUUGCGAAGAAGCGGGCGGCGAGGGAAGGCAGGAUAAAGGACAAAUUUGAGAUCAAUGUUGUAUGUGUGCGGACCGUUACUGAGAAGGGGCGCGUACGCAGCAGAGUUCAUGAGGAAUUCAUUAUACGCACGCGACGCCCUCAUCAGAAGGACGUCUUCGUCUCGCGCAGGUAUGGCGAUUUCAAGACGCUUGCGAACGAGCUGCGCAAAGCCCAUCCGGGCGAGGCGAUCCCCGCGCCGCCAGCCAAGGACCGAACGAUCGUCAACAUAAGCACCUCCGUAUCGACAACCAGUCCCCCCGGCUUCCGCGCUGCUCCUCCGGGGAGCCCCCACCACCCUCACUCGUUUUCGAGUCAGGGGACGAUGAGCCCCACUUCGCCGAUAUCGUUUGCGUCCGGGCAAGGAUACAGUGGCGGGGCAUCUAAAUUGGCCCGCGAGAAGAACCGGCUGACCCUCCGUGCCUAUUUACAUUCCCUCCUGGCAGUGUCAGAGCUGGCUAGCUCACCCGUUCUGCGUUCCUUCCUGCUGAGUGGCCCGACUCAGCUGAGCCCAGACGAGCUGGAGGACGCGAGGCGCAGGGAGGAAGCCGAUGAGCUGAGGGAAGACGGGCGUAAGAGAUUUGCGAAGGAGAUUGCUGCACGGGUAGACGGACUGAGGGAUGCGGCGAAGAGCGUGAAGGGAGAGCUAUUCGCGAAGGAUGGUCUGACACAGAUCUUCGCGACAAUCAAGGUCACGGACGACAUACGCAAUCUACCGGAGAACUUCCAGGCUGUCAUCGAGCUAGCCUCGACCGUGUUCCAGCACUUCGUCGCGGCGGACAACGCGUCGGAGACGUUUGCCAGCUUGAAGCGCAUACAUGGGCUCAUGCCGUAUUUUAUGCUCAAGACCGCGCUUAAGGUCAGCAACCCGGUGGUGAUGAUCCGCGGAGUGCUGGAUUUAUUCCUCGCGCAGCCGUUUGGCGGGCGCAGUCUUCUUCAGCGGAUGUUCACAGGCUCCCUGGUCGAGGAGGUCAAGGGCAUCGAGGAAGACGUCGAGGCAGUCAAAGACAAGGUUGAUGACCCUAUUCUCUGUGAGAAGAUCCGCCAAUUCGUGUAUGCGCCGCGCGAAAUCCAGGCGGUCUACAAGGCCGAUGCUGCCGCGGAAGAUAUCCAUCUCCUUGCCGCUGUCCUACGCUCCGCAGAGGAGCCAAUGCUCUCUCGUGCACAGAUGCAGCGUGUGCACUAUGCGCACCGGGCGCAUAAAGAAUACGUCAAACAUGUCGAGUCCCUCCAGGACUCAGACGACGAUGACGGCCCGCAAGAUGAGCAGGCGUGGUUGUUCGAAGACCUGAGCGUCCUUGCACGGCUGUAUUCGAGGAUGAGGGAUAGGGAACAGCUGAUUGAGAUCAUUUUUGAGGGUUCAACGGCUGACCUGCUGAAGGAUAUCAUAACGAUAUUUUAUGCACCGCUGGCGCAGGUGUACCGCGCUGCGAGCAUCUCGGACUCGCUGGGCGACCUGCAGAACUUCAUAAACGAUCUCAUACGGACUGUCGAAUCCACUGAAGAGCUCAGUCAAUCAGACCCCGCGAAGACCGUUCAGAUUUAUAUCGAUCUUGUCAAACGGCACGAGCAGGCGUUCUACAGCUUCGUGCACAAGGUGCACUCCAAGGGUGAAGGCCUCUUCACGGACCUGAUGCGCUGGAUCGAGCUGUUCAUCACGCUCAUGCGUGACGGCCUCGGGGAGCGCAUCAGCAUGGAGUUCAUCCUGCCGCACACGGGGUCUGAGCGGGAGGCGAUCAUGCGCGAGGUGGACGCGAUUGCGCUCUACCACUACAAGCUCAAGGUCGCGUACGAGGACAAGGUCCGCAAGCGCUUCGGGCGCACGCAGGGCAUGAAUGACGCAGAUGCCGAAGACGAGGUAGCGGCAGAGCUUGUCAAUAGUGUCGUCAAGGAUCUCAGCUUCGGCGAAUUGAUACAGGGCGACGCGGACGAUCUUGCCGCGGAAGAGACAGACUCGGAGGAGGACGACUCGAGCGACGAAGACGAGUGGAGUAGCGAUGAAGACGACUCGGAGGAGACUGACAGCAGCGACGACAGUGAUGGGAGCGAGGGUGGCCGGACGGAACGUGAGGGAACACCGCAUGCACGACAGCGAGAACGACCCCCGGCUGUCUCGCCUCGGUCUCCCGACUCGCAGACGGCAUCCACCUCGUCGCAGUCGCCUACGUCGCCGGUCAAGCGAUCGCGUACACUUGGACACGUCCCUCUUCCUCUUCCGUCACGGUCCAAGUUCAAAUCGAAACCGAGCAGUCAAGAGUCCUCGCCCCGUUCAUCCACAGAUCGCCCUCCUGCAAAUCUCCGCCACUCGCGCUCGUUGAUACUGAAGCAGUCUGGGAAGAAAUCCCCACCACCACCUGUCCCCAGAUCGGCCCCUGUACGUCCACGAUCAAGAUCGAGGACAAGGCCCCAGUCUUUGCCGCCGAAAAAGAAGAAAGAACCUACUAUCCAACCACCCGAGCUAUUUCACCUUCCACAACUGCUCCCUAUAUUCAUGGAACUAGUGAGUUUGGCAGCUCCUGCAUUCACGCAACUGAGCUAAAGAUCCUUGUAGAUGAAACCUCUUCUCCGUGCAUGAGAGUAAUAUUGUUUGCCGGUCGUCUCGUCGCGUUCCGUUUGUAGGACCUUCGUUCUUGUAGCAUCAGCUAGUUAGAGGAACAUCAUCCAUUUGUUGUACCAGUAGUCAAUUGCGUCGACAGCUGUACAAUCUUAACCACAUCGUGUAAUUGUUAUCCUGUCCAUCCUAGAGCAGUCUCAUGAUUGUCGUGAAUGUUGCUAGGUACAUGAACGAAGUGCAGAGCUAUGAGUAUGUUACAGAGGUCGCCACAAGCCGUGCCAACAGGUGAUGUGAGAGCAAGUUUCAGGUUGUUCAGAAUGCUGGAGACGAAAUCGAAAAACGCUUGAAGGUAUAGC